GACAGGGAGCAGCCCAGCCGGUGCCAAGAUGUACGAUCGGACGCUGCAACUCACUCUGCUCUGGGCCCUCGCCUUGCCAGGUGUCCUGGGCGUGAACAUGGAGAAGCAGCUGAUCGAGUUUCUUUUCAAGGACAGACAGUAUGACAAUAAACUGCGACCGGUGGUGUCCAAGAACGAGACCGUGACCAUCUACCUGGCUUUGACCCUUUCCAAUCUUGUCUCCCUGAAAGAAGUGGAUGAAACCCUCACGACCAGCGUCUGGCUGGAGCACAGCUGGGUGGAUCAGCGGCUGCAAUGGAACACGACUAAGUACAGUGUCAUCGAAGUGCUCCGCCUCCAGCCAGAGAUGUUAUGGCUACCUGACAUUGUUCUGGAGAACAACAACGACGGAAACUUUGAAAUUGCGUACCGUGCCAAUAUACUGGUGUACUCUUCGGGCGAGGUGUACUGGCUACCGCCUGCCAUCUUCCGCAGCGCCUGCCCCAUCAAUGUCAAUUACUUCCCCUUUGACUGGCAGAAUUGUACCCUGAAGUUCAGCUCCCUGAGAUACAAUGCGAACGAGAUCGACAUACAGAUCAUGUCCAAACAAGAUGGUGAAAACCAGCCGUGGUACUUUGUGGAAUGGAUCAUCAUUGACCCGGGAGGAUUUACAAGCAAUGGCGAAUGGGAGAUUAUUCACAGACCAGCUCGUAAAAACAUCAACCCGCUUGUUUCUCGAGAGAGCAACAAGUACCAGGACAUCACCUUCUACCUCAUCAUAAAGCGCAAACCUCUUUUUUAUGUUAUCAACAUUGUCACUCCCUGCAUCCUGAUCGCCUUCAUGACCAUCCUCGUGUUCUACUUGCCGGCUGACAGUGGAGAGAAAGUGACCUUGGCUAUUUCUAUCCUCUUGGCUCAGUCAGUAUUUCUACUGCUGAUUUCGGGGCGCCUACCUGCCACCUCCUUUGCCAUCCCACUCAUUGGCAAGUACCUGCUUUUCGUUAUGCUUCUCGUGACUGCCGUCGUGGUGGCCUGCACCGUGGAACUCAACAUUCAUUUUCGGACACCCAGCACCCAUGUCUUGUCUGAACGGACGAAAGAGCUCUUCCUUGACACCCUUCCUCGCCUCCUGCACAUGUCCAAGCCAGCGGAGAUUGAUCUGGAGCCACGGGAAGGCCUGCUGAUCCGGCGCAGUAGCUCCGUUGGUUACAUCGUCAAGGCUGAGGAAUAUUUCACCAUUAAGUCCCGCAGCGAGCUCAUGUUUGAGAAGCAGUCGGAGAGGCAUGGCCUAGCUAGCCGGAUCACCCCUGCCCGACCAAACCCCCACGGGGCAGACGAUUUGCAAGAACAGCUUUACAAUGAGAUCAAGCCAGCGAUUGCUGGAGCCAACUUCAUUGUGAAGCACAUGCGGGAGAAGAACAACUAUAAUGAGGAGAAAGACAGUUGGAACCGCAUUGCCCGGACCGUGGACCGCCUCUGCCUCUUCCUGGUCACCCCCAUUCUCAGCCUCGGGACUUUAUGGAUCUUCUUGGUGGGAAUCUACAACCACCCUCCUCCCCUACCCUUUGAGGGGGAUCCUUAUGACUACAGUGAGCAUAACAAGCACUACCACUAAAGCCAAGGGACCCCUGUUCAGAGCACCAGCACCGUUGAUCAGGAACAUCUGUCGCAGCUGCCUGAUUUGGUGGAUUGGGACGGGUGAUGAUGCUGACGCUGGCUGCGGCUCCCCCACCCCAAACAUCUGGAGUGUUGAGCUCCCUUAAGUUAUUUCUGAUUUUUGUGGUGGUUCUGUUCCCUAAGGUUUAAUAAA